CCGCACCCGUAUGCAACUUCGGCCCGCUACGCGACGAGUCGAAGCCGAGUUCACAGACACUCAUUAUUUCGUAUUACGUUCCUCGCGCCGCCAGCCAGCGCCAGCAGUCGCAUUUCGUUCGCCGAACACAGUGCUCGUUUUAUUCCCUUUUAUCUCCUUUAUAAACUUAGAAAACAAAAAAUGGCCUGCUCCGUCAGUGACACGCCCGCCCUGAAGGACCUCCCGAAGGUCGCCAACGACCUCAAGAGCCAGCUGGAGAGCUUCAACACUGGCUGCCUCCGUGACGUCGACACCAACGAGAAGAUUGUGCUGCCAUCUGCAGAAGACAUAGCUCAAGAGAAACAGCACACAGCGCUCCUUCAAGACUUAGAGAAAUUCCAACCUUCAGUAUUAAGGAAGACAGAUACAGUGGAAAAAGUUGUACUACCAAACGCAUUAGAUGUUGCCGCCGAAAAAACCCAAAAGUCGUUAUUUGACGGCAUUGAAAAGUUCGAUGCAAGCAGACUGAAACACACAGAAACGCAGGAAAAGAAUCCGCUUCCUGAUAAAGAUGUUGUCGCCGCUGAGAAAGCUCAUCAGAACCUCCUCGAUGGUGUCGAACAUUUUGACAAGACCCAGAUGAAGCACACCACAACGGAAGAAAAGAACCCAUUGCCGCCCAAAGAAGCUAUCGAAGCGGAGAAGGAAAAGAACAAGUUCCUGAACGGCAUCGAGAAUUUCGACCCGGCCAAGUUGAAGCACACGGAGACGUGCGAAAAGAACCCCCUGCCCACCAAGGACAUCAUCGAGCAGGAGAAGACGGCCUGAACGCCUACAAAUUAAUUAACCGCACUCAUAUAUCGCUAGUAUCGCCGUAUUUUAGUAUCUGUAUAAGUUUCUUAUAAGUAACAGGCCCGUUUGCGUCGUCCGUUAAUUU